AGACAACACAAUUAAAAGAUUAAACGACGGCAAGGGAGAUACACAACUCAAACAAACGACCGAGGGAGACACAUUACGCUGUCCAAACUAGUGUCGUACAGCCAAUAACCAAGUUGUGGAGUUUGGUAUAGCAAACAGACAGCAGAGAUAGGAAUCCUUUUGGCUGUCAGAUUACUUCCUUUUGAGUUUUAUGACCGUGUUGGGUUUUCACUAUGAGUGGAACACCUAAGAGAUCUCGUGAAGAGUCUGUUCAUCCAUCUUCAAAGCAGCAGCAUGAAGAUUCUGGUACAUAUUCCAAGUUGGUUUCAUCGACAGUUUCAAAUGAGAACCAUAUGUCUUAUGAUAUAAGUCAGGAUUCCCGGGCGGCAAAAGCACCCCGAAUUGAAUUUCGUGAUGUAGAUAGAAGAUCUCCUCUUCAUUCAGUGUAUGGGAUGCCAUCAUCUGCAAAUGAUUCUCAUGCAGAUCAUCCUGUUGCUACUGAGAGCAGGAUAGAAUCAAGGGAUUCCAAGGAUGGUAGAGACCUCCAGUUUGAGGGUCGCGAUACAAAGAGAGAGAAGGAAUUGUUGGGUGAAAGAAGGGAUCCUCAGAGUGCUAAGAGUGAAAAGGAUGUCCCUGUUGAAGGUGGAGGAGAUGACAAUAAGGAUUUGAGACAUGAUCGGGAUAGUCAUAAUGAUUCGAAAGGUGACAGUAAGACAGAAAAGGACAGCUGUAGCGUGGUUAGCAGCCACUUGAAUCGGAAAGAUUCUAAAGAGCACCAUAGGGGAAAAAGAUAUUCUGAUGCCCCUAGUGGGAGUUUGGACACCUUGCAUAUGUUACACGGCAAUAUGCAAGGUUCACUUGAGGUUGGAAAGGAGAGUUCAACAGCAGAAGAAAGGGAUUAUGUGGAAGCUCAUGCAGCUGUUGGGGAGAACAAAUUUGUUUCUAGAGUUGAUGAUAGAUCUAAAGAGAAAGAUAGAAAAAGAAAGGAUGUAAAGCAUCGGGACUGGGGGGAGAGAGAAAAGGAAAAAAGUGAUCGUAGGAACAGUACACAAGUUAUCAAUUCUAGUGUUGAUUGUAAAGAAUCUGCCAAGGAAGAUAGAGAUGUAGAAAGGUCGGAGAGGGAGGAAAAAGAUCUUCCAAAAGAGAAAGAAAUUUUAAAUGAGAGGGAAAAGGAUCAGAUGAAGAGGGAAUCUUGGAAUGGAAUGGAGAAAGAGGUUCCAAAUAACAUGAAGGAACCUGUUGAUGGAUCAGUUAAACUGCCUGAACAAGAAAUUGUGUUACCGGAACAGAAGAGACAAAAAGAUGUUGAUAGCUGGAAAAAUGUUGAUAAAAACGCUAGAGAGAAGAGAAAAGAAAGGGAUGCUGAUUUAGAAGGAGACAAGUCUAACAAGCGUAAUAGGUGCUUUGAUAAGGAAUCAGAUGAUGGAUGUGCUGAAGGGGAACGACCGAUAGAGAAGGAGAAGGAAAUCUAUAAUUAUAGUGGUCAGCACCGGAAGAGGAUACAACGAUCAAGGGGAAUCCCUCAGGUACCUAAUCAGGAGCCUCGUUUCAGAUCCCUUACCCAAGAAAAUGAAGGGUCUCAAGGUAAAUCAGAGGUUUCUUCUGUUGUUUAUAAAGUUGGUGAAAGCAUGCAAGAACUGAUAAAGUUGUGGAAGGAAUAUGAAUCAUCUCAAUCUCAAAUGGAAAAAAAUGGUGAAAGCUCUAAUAAUGGCGGCCCCACUCUGGAAAUUUGUAUACCGUCUGAGUAUGUCACUGCCACAAACCGCAAAGUCAGAGGUGGCCAGCUUUGGGGGACUGAUGUGUAUACAUAUGACUCAGAUCUUGUUGCUGUGCUCAUGCAUACAGGUUACAGUAGCCCAACAGCAUCUCCUCCUCCUGCAGCCAUACAUGAAUUGCGCGCAACCAUUCGGGUGCUACCUCCUCAAGAUUGCUAUAUUUCUACACUGAGAAACAAUGUACGUUCCCGUGCUUGGGGUGCAGCAAUUGGCUGUAGUUAUCGAGUUGAGCGGUGUUGCAUUGUGAAGAAAGGAGGUGGAACUAUUGAUCUUGAACCAUGCCUUACACAUGCAUCAACUGUUGAGCCCACCCUUGCUCCAGUGGCUGUUGAGCGGACAAUAACUACCAGAGCUGCAGCUUCGAAUGCAUUGCGUCAGCAAAGAUAUGUUCGAGAAGUCACAAUACAGUACAAUCUCUGCAACGAGCCUUGGAUCAAAUAUGGUAUAAACAUUGUUGCUGAUAAGGGUCUAAAAAAGCCACUGUACACAUCUGCUCGUUUGAAGAAGGGAGAAGUUUUGUAUUUGGAGACACAUUUGUCCAGAUAUGAGCUUUGUUUUAUUGGAGACAAAAUGGUCAAGGCUACGCCAGCAACUCAGUUGCAUGACCCAGGCGCAGAAAAGUCUAACCACCCCCAUUCCGCAAAUGGUGAAAAGAAUGAUUGUUAUAAUGUUAUGAUUGAUGCAUUCCGGUGGUCUCGUUGUAAGAAGCCUCUGCCACAGAACGUGAUGCGUACCAUUGGCAUUCCUCUGCCUCCUGAACAUGUUGAGGUAUUGGAGGAAAAUUUGGACUGGGAAGAUGUACAAUGGUCUCAAACUGGUGUUUGGAUUGCAGGAAAGGAAUAUACCCUUGCACGGGUGCAUUUCUUGUCAAUGAAAUAAUUUUAUUUUUUUAGUGCCUUGACUGAAUUAGUUUAUAACCCCUUUUUAUGUUUUUUCUUUUUUAAGAAGAGUGAUGGUGGGAUGAUAUAAUGUGUUUAUUCAUGUACUUAAUUGGAAAGAGAUUGUCCUUUUAUGUAACUAAAACCCAAGCUUUGUAGUUUACGGGGCUUGGCUAUUGGUCUAAAGU